AUGAGUUACAAUAACUUCAAUCGUCAGCCACGGUUUAAGCCAGUUGAUCAUCUUUACGAAGCAAGAGUACGUCAAUUUACGGAUGGAGGAAGAUAUCGUGAUUUAAAUUUACCCAAAUUUUAUGAUUUACAUCGUCAAGAAAUACAAAAUUUACGGGCUUGGAGAGUUCCUGAUAUUGAUGGAAAGACUCAACGUCCAUUAUUUAAAGAUAUCGAUUUUGAUAAUGUAGAAUGGAAUCAUAUUGGAUUAGGUCAUAAUUUUGGUCCAAGCUGGAAAACUUGGUGGGUAAAAUUUUAUAUUGAUAUUCCUGAAGAUUGGUUGCAAUAUGAACAAAUUGAAAUUGAAUGGGAUACUGGAUCUGAAGGAUUGUUGUAUAAUUCUGAAGGAUUCCCCUUACAAGCUUUCUCAGGUGGCGAUAGAAGUGCAUUUAGAGUUGCUCCAGAAUAUAGAAAAACUGGUAAACAAUUAUUUUAUAUUGAAGUUGCAUGUAAUGGAAUGUUUGGUAAUGGAGAUGAUGGAGAGCCUAAUCCAAAUAGAUAUUUUAGAUUAAAUAGAGCUCACUUGAAUGUUCCUGAUUUAGAUGCUAAAAGAUUACAUUGGGAUUAUUGGAUUUUAGGUGAUGCAUCCCGUGAAUUUCCCGGUGGUUGGCAAAAAUAUCAAGCUGCUGAUUUAUGUAAUCGAAUCAUGAACGAAUUUGAUCCUAAUGAUCGUGAAAGUGUUAAACGUGGAAGAGAAUUGGCAAAACUGAUGUUGGGUGACAAGAUCGAUUCUGAAGAAGUGUUUGAUGAAUUUGAAAAUAAUUCAAUCAAAAGAAUUGAUGUUUUCGGAGUUGGAAAUUGUCAUAUUGAUACUGCUUGGGAAUGGCCAUUUGCUGAAACAAAACGUAAAAUUGUAAGAUCUUGGACUACUCAAUUACGGAUUGCUGAUGAAUAUCCCGAAUAUGUUUUCGUGGCACUGCAAAUGCAACAAUUUAAAUGGUUGAAACAAUAUCAUCCGGAAAUCUUCGAUAAGAUUCAUGAAAAAUUCACAAAUAAUCAAUUCUUACCAAUUGGUGGAUCUUGGGUGGAAAAUGAUACCAAUAUGCCAAAUGGGGAAUCCUUAAUUCGUCAAUUCGUCCUUGGUCAAAGAUAUUGUAUGAAUGAAUUUGGAUUCUAUUCAAAUAUCUUUUGGUUACCUGAUACAUUUGGUUACAGUUCUCAAAUCCCGCAAAUUUGUCAACUUGUAGGAAUCUCCCGUUUCUUAACCCAAAAAUUAUCUUGGAAUAACAUCAAUUCAUUCCCCUUGAGUACUUUUAAUUGGAAAGCCAUCGAUGGUUCCCAAGUGUUGGUUCACAUGCCUCCAGCAAAUACGUAUACCGCCGGUGCAAAUUUUGGUGACGUGAUCAGAUCCCAACACCAACACAAGAAUCUCAGAGAUGAACCCACCGGUCUCUUAUUGUACGGCCAUGGUGAUGGUGGUGGAGGUCCAACUGAAGAAAUGAUUGAGAAGUUGAGAAGAUGUAGAGGAUUGGCAAAUACUUGUGGAUUAAUCCCAACGGUUCAAUUAGGUGUUACGGUUGAUGAUUUCUAUGAACAUGUUUUGGAAAAAACCAAUAACGGUUCUGAAUUGCCUACUUGGACUGGUGAAAUUUAUUUGGAAUUCCAUAGAGGAACAUAUACUGUUCAAGCUUUGGUGAAGAAAUAUAUGAGAUUUGGUGAAGUUAAAUUACAUGAUUUAGAAUUUAUUGCUGGGUUGACAAGUAUUAAAUAUCCUAAAUAUAAAUAUCCAGCGAAAGAGAUUAAUGCUCUUUGGGAAGAUUUAUUAUUAUGUCAAUUCCAUGAUGUCUUACCUGGUAGUUCUAUUGGAAUGGUUUAUUACGAUGAAGUUCAUCCUAUGUUGGAAGCAUUAUUGAGAAAUUCUCAAGCUCUUAUUGAUGAAGCUUUACAUUAUUCAGGCAAGGUUUCUAAAUUGAAUGAUGUAAGUCUUGUUAAUACCUUACCUUGGGAUAGAUAUAAUGAAGUGGUUAAUGUCAAUAGACAUGAAUCACCAGAAUUGUAUCAUUUAUUGGGUGAGAAUAAAUGUGGAAUUGUUAAAGAUGAUGGUGAUUCUCUUGCUAUUUCAGUUAAUACAAUUGGUGGUGUUACUUCGAUUAACAGUAAACUUGAUUAUCCCGCUAGUGUUAAGGAGACUAAAGAUGGUUUUGUGUUGAGUAAUGGAGCGCUUACUGCUAAGAUUUCUUCUUCUGGUAUUGUUACCUCAUUGUAUGACGAAAUUAACCGUCGUGAAGUCAUUGACUCCACCCCAACUGAUCAAACAGGUGACAGUGUUGUUGGUGGUAAUCAAUUUGUUUUAUUCGAUGAUCAACCAACUAAUUGGCCAGCUUGGGAUACUGAAUUAUAUUCCUUGGAAAAGUUUAAAUUAUUAACCAACGGUAAAGCCAAAAUCUUGGUCAAUGACAAAUACGAAUCUUCAAUUGAACUCUAUCAUAAGAUUUCAUCUGAAUCUUCAAACACCACGAUUAUUUCCCUUGCUGGUUUGAAAUCUUCCAAGAACUUAGAUAACAAUUAUCUUAAAUUCUCAAGUAAAGUUAAAUGGCAUGAAAACUACAAAUUCCUCAAGGUCCAAUUCCCAACCACUUUAUACACCCCACAAUCCGCCAAUUACGAGACUCAAUUCGGUAUUACCCAACGUCCAACCCAUUACAAUACUUCUUGGGAUAUUGCUAGAUUCGAAGUUGCCCAUCACAAAUUCAUGGAUUUGAGUGAAUUCAAUUAUGGUGUCUCCAUCUUAAACAACUGUAAAUAUGGAGGAGCAAUUCAUGGUAAUUUGAUCAGAUUGUCUUUGUUGAGAAGUGCAAAAGCUCCAGAUAAUAAAGCUGAUAUGGGAGAUUAUCAUGAAUUUGAAUAUGCAAUUUAUCCUCAUGCUGGUAAUUUGGGUGAAAGUACCGUUAGAGCUGGUUAUAAUUUCAAUUAUAAGCUUGUGACGAAACCAAUCCCAGCUGCUGCUUCUGAUUUGUUUAAAGCUAUUACAUUGGAAAAUGCCGGUUCAAUUGUUUUGUCUCAUAUUAAGAGAGGUGAGAAUGAUUUUGAUGUGAAUCAGUAUGCGGCAUAUAAAACUGAUACGCCGGAAAGAUCAAUCGUGUUGAGAAUUUAUGAGUCAUUAGGUGGUAAUUCUAAUGCCAGAGUUAAGUUUGAUAAGAAUGUUGUGAAUGUUGAUAAGGUGGUUAAGACUUGUGGGUUGGAACAUGAUAAAGAGGAAUUAAAGGUUAAUGAUGAUUAUUCUGUUGAUAUUUCAUUGAGAGGAUUUGAAAUUAUCACUUUGAAGGUUUAUUUGAAAUGA